GUGCAUAGCUUCUGCAUCGAGCAUAGCGGCCAUAUUAACCGGUUGACAGCUCGGUACCUCUGUCGUUCCUUUCAACAUUUGUCGUAUAAAACCGACUUCCAAAACUUGGAUAAUUAGAAUAUAAUCUAGAUCACAAUGAACAUCUUCCGACUGUUGGGAGAUAUUUCUCACCUCCUAGCUAUUGUCAUUCUUCUGUUGAAGAUAUGGAAGACCCGCUCGUGUGCAGGUAUUUCUGGUAAGUCUCAAUUUUUGUUUGCCUUGGUCUACACAACCCGGUACUUGGAUUUGUUGACAAACUAUGUCUCCCUGUACAACUCUUUCAUGAAGGUGGUAUUCAUCGCUACAUCCUAUGGCACCCUUUAUUUAAUGUAUGUUAAAUUUAGAGCUACUUAUGACCGAAACCAUGACACAUUCAGGUAAAGAUUUUUAUAACAUGCAUAGUGGAACUUGUUGCUGAUUCCUGUUGCUGCUUUAGCUCUUCUUUUUAACCAUGAGUUUUCUGUCAUGGAAGUGCUAUGGGCUUUCUCCAUCUACCUAGAAGCAGUUGCUAUCUUGCCUCAGCUUUUCAUGGUUUCUAAGACGGGUGAGGCUGAAUCUAUCACAUCACACUACUUGUUUGCUUUGGGUUCAUACCGUGCCCUCUACAUCUUAAACUGGAUCUACCGUUACUAUGGAGAGAGCUUCCAAGACUGGAUUGCUGUUAUAGCUGGCAUCGUUCAAACUAUUUUGUACUGCGACUUCUUCUACCUCUACAUAACCAAAGUUCUCAAAGGAAAGAAACUGCAACUCCCAGCAUAAACAAAACAAAUAUAUUAUCUUCGUUAUCACCGAGAAUUUGCUGGCAAACUGUCACGCCACAAAAAAUUUAUGGAGAUGAGAAGAAAGAAAGUGUGUAUGUGUGUGUUACAUGCAGAUUGGCCUUUUAAAAAUUUCCUUUCCGCGUUCAUUUUAAUGUUUCUUGAUUAUUUUUUUUUUCCUGUUUAUCCUGCAACAAAGGAAAAUCUUGAGCCAUUGAAUUUUCGCAAGGCUAACAACGGAUGUGAAAUUCAGCUCAUGAUACAGGGGGUUAAUUAAAUUUGUUUUCAAUAAAAGAAUUUCUGCUAAACAAAUGACCAUUAUGUUCCAUCUUUAACCCUCGGCCACUCCGUGUCAACAGUGCGUAAUUAGGCGAUGCAAAAUCCGGUCAUUGAAACUGUUGAUUUAUCCUUCUAAUUGUAGUGCAUGUUUUUCUUGAAUUUGACAUUCUUCGGGCUCUGUGAUUGCCAUAUGUCAUACAGUCGUUAGGCAAAACUAUGUAGUACACGAUGAAUCGACUA